AUGAUAUUUCUGCCAAGUGGACCCCCACCCGUCACCCUAUCCGUCCUUUCGCCCUUGCAACUCUGCCAUGCUUAUCAUGUGCUUCAUAUCUAUCAACUCCAUGUAAUUCUUAAUACUAAUCUUUUCGACUCUCUCUUCAGACAUUCAAGGAUAUUCUGUACUUAGCACUGCUUCUCUACCUUUCACUGACAUUAUCUCAAACUUCUCAUCUUUUCCCUAUUUUUAAGUCCAAGAUCUCAACUUUUUAAAAAGUGUUAUAUUAGAUUUACCAAAAAGUUAUUUUAGUGAUGAUGGAGAAGAUUUCCAAAUCAAAGCCAAGAGGAUCUAUGCUGUUUCUAUGUGACUUUUGCAACUCAAAGCCAGCAGUUUUGUAUUGUAGGGCUGACUCUGCAAAGCUCUGUUUGUUCUGUGACCAACAAGUACACUCUGCCAAUGCUCUGUCUCUCAAGCAUGCUCGUUCACAGAUCUGUGACAGUUGCAAUACCAAACCAGCUUCUUUUCUUUGCUCAAAUGAUAAUCUUAUGCUCUGCCAAGACUGUGACUGGAACUCACAUAACAGCAACUGCUCUGUUUCAGCUCUGCACGAGCGUUCCCCUGUUGAAGGGUUCUCAGGUUGUCCUUUAGUGAUUGAACUAGCUUCUCUUUUUGGUUUUGACUUAAAACCAAAAUAUUUGAUGAAUUUUAUUCCAGGGUUUUCCUUAUUCGAGCAAGAACUGAUGAAACUGGAAGAUUUUAUGGUCCCAAACGAGAAUUCUUCUGUUUCCUCUGCUUUGCUUAGCUCUGUUAAGCUUAACCAUGAGGUGUACAGACAACUGGUUGAGAUGGGGAAGAGAGAUUUGGUGAGAGUAAGUGGUGAUGGAGCUGAAUUGGGGCCAGGGACACCGCCUGUUAGAAGUGCUGAGCAGGGCAAUUUACCGAGUUUUGAAGUUGAAAAUGGGGAUGAUGAAGACCUGCUUCACCGGCAAACCCCAUUUACCUCUUUGUUAAUGUUGCAAAACAAUUUGGACUUAAGAAAAAAUGAUUACGUUGCUGAAGGAGAGCUUAUGAGGGACUUUAAGUCUUCUUAUCAGGCUUCCCAGAUAUGGGAUUUUCAAUCAGGAAGGUCAAGAGAUUGUAAAGAUUCGGGACCAGAAGAUACAGAUUGCAUAAAUGGCAUAAAAAGUAACAGUUCUGUGAUUAGGAACUUCAGUGAGUUUGAGAAGGAAGGUUCCUUGUCGAAACCAAAAGUCUUUCAAGACAUGUACGAGGUGAGCCACUCCUUGAUAUUUGAGGAUUCCUUGUCUAGAAAUAACUGCUGCAAUCAACCAUUCUCAAGCUACACACCAACAACUGAAGAAAGUAUCAAUGUACCGGCAGUGGGAUCAUCAUCAGAUUCCAAGGUGGUUGAACCACUAAAACACGAUGGCAGCAGAUAUGUUCAGGUCAUGGAGCCGCCUGUUCUGGCAGGUAGUGAGUCUAUGAAUGAGACAAAAGCUAAGGUUGACAUGGAACUUUUGGCGCAGAACAGAGUCAAUGCCAUGUUACGCUACAAGGAGAAGAAGAAACAUAGAAAAUAUGACAAGCAAAUACGCUAUGAGUCAAGGAAGGCCAGGGCUGAUACUAGAAAGAGAUUCAAAGGUCGCUUUGUGAAGGCAAGCGAAGCUCCAGAGUCCAGAUGUUAAAGUGUAACAGCUGUUUUUUCUUUCCAGAUAACGUGUUCUCACCCUAAAGUCCCUGUUUGGUAAAGAUGUCUUCCCUUAGUUUGUCUACAAGAAUAUUGUACCCCCAUAUGUCAAAAAGGAAUAUCAGCUGCCACAACUUUUGCAUUUCAAUAGCCGUAAGCGUAUGGAAUUACAAAGCUUUUGCUUACAUGCUUCUAUAUCCCAUUGGGUAGUUAUUAGUUAUUAAAAACAAUCAGGAGAAGCUACUAGCCCUGAGACCUUCAAUAGGCAGUAUUUUGGAAAAGCCGAAAUAUUAACAUUCUAUAGGUUUUGUAAGCCCUACAUCAAAUUAUCCAAUAACAACAAACAAAAAAUAAUGUAGGUGAUACAUC